UGAGCUGGAAACACAAAACAAAGAAGAAGUUGAUGGCCGGAACAUGAAUGAGCACGCUUAUGCGUUCUGCGGCCGGCUCGUGUCUUUGGAGCCGAGCCGUCCGUUCCCGUCUCUCGCUCCAGGCCGGUGGCCACACCGUAGCUAAUGGCUGCCUGUUCAAAAUCAGGCAGGAUGCUAUCAAUGAGCAUUUUGCCGGCCAGCCAGCCAGCCAGCCAGCCAGCCAGCCAGCCAGCCAGCCAGCCAGCCAGCCAGCCAGCGGUGAAGGAAGCGCACGGUGUCUUUUGUGUUUUCAGGUCAUCGCUGCUUUCCGGGUGCGUGUCAGCGAGGCCGGCCAGAUCGCGGCGGACCUGGAGACCUCCGACCUUCGGGAGAACGUCACGGCGUACGCGGCGCAGAUCAGCGGGGAGCCUCGGCCCGCCGUGCUCCCGUUCGGGGAGCCCGGCCGGCCCGUGCUCUUCAACGCGUCCUUCCACGGCCUGCGCUACAGCGUGGGCCUGCUGCUACAACGAGGACUGCUCUGGUCCAGACCCGUCGAAAGCGUGUCCCUCCUCACCAGGCCGCUUCCUGUGAGCAGCGUGCACAUUUCAGACUACAAGGAUUCUCCGGAGACCGGCGUGGUGUUUGACAUCGACACUCCCGCGGGCAACGUUUUCAGCAGAGUCAACAUCAGCUACAGCGAAGGGAGCGAAAGGCGCUCUAUGCUCUACAAAGACUUCUACGAGGGGAAGACCGUGUUCAAGCACUGGCUACCCGGGGUGUGCUACCGCAACGUCACCUUCCAGCUCAUCUCGGAGGCCAGCGCCUACCAGACGGCACAGAGUGACAUCACCCACGUGCCCGUGCAUCACAGGACGGUGCCGUACCCUCCCCUCGACAUCUCGUGGAGCGUCGUGGACCUGAGCCAAAGCCCGACGCGGGAAAGCCAACCGGCCGGCCGACGCUCCCGCGACGUCCCCGGCACGCAAGAGGAGGAGCCGAAGCCUUCCGAGGAGCCGCCGCUGGCACGCAAUCUGAGCGCCGGCGCAGAGAGCACGGACGCUCGCGACCGUUGGCCGGACUCCGCCGCCGAAACCUCCGCCGGCAGCGAGGACGAGUUUGUCAACGGCGAGGCCCUCGAGUACGAGGACUCCAACGACGCGGGGUCGGCGAUGGCUCUCCCCGCCGAGUCUUUGGUCCUGCCGGCUAAGAUGUUCCCCGUCCUGCUGGAGGUGCGCUGGCUGCCCCCCAGAGCGCCCACCAGCUACGACGGCUUCCACAUCUACAUUGGCAGAGACGGUAACACCACUCAGACGGCCAGCGUGGACGAAAGCACUCACGAGUUCUUUACGGAGCUGAGCGAGGCGGGAACGUACAGCCUGCGAGUCGCCACCCUCAGCGCAGCGGGAGACUGCGAGGCCAGAGAGAGCGCGGCGGAUGCCGGAUUCACCUUCUACCUCGGUUCCAAGGGUGAGCUUCUGCGUGAGCUGCGGCAGCGUCCGCGAGCAGUCACCGUGCGCCUGCUGGACUCCAGCACGGCCGCCGUGUCCUGGGCCCGGAGCUCGGAGGCCCACGACGGCAGCAUCGUGUCCGUGGUGUCCACCACCUGCCUGAAGCCCAGCCUGAGUCAAAGGAUGGAGAGCGACUACUGCAGCGAGGAAAACUCAACCGGCGCCAUCGUCAGCAACCUGACGCCGGGGGCUCAGUACCGGGUGGUGGUCUACCACACCAACGGACCCCUGAUUAGUCCUCCCUCAGAAGCCGUCAUCAUGGAUAUCGAGCCCACGGGCGUGCAAGAUCUGGCCGUGUACCCACUGAGCCCCACGGCGGUCAUCUUGAGCUGGCAGCGUCCGUAUCAGGUGGCCUUCCGCAAGUACGUCCUCCAGACCUUCUUCUUCAACCCCGUCACGCUGAGCUCCGAGUGGAGCACCUACUACGAGAUCGCCGCCACCGCCUCCGUCAUAGCGUCGGUGAGGGUAACCGAUCUGCUGCCAGCUUGGUACUAUAAGUUCCGCGUGACCAUGGUGACGUGGGGCGAGCCGCCGCUCACUUGCUGCGACGGCUCCACCGUCAGCUUCGUCACAGCUCCCGAGGCACCGCACAUCUCUUCGGUGGAUUACUCCCACGGAGUCCUGUAUGUGCGCUGGACAUACGGCGAGCUCUUUGUGGACCUGUCGCACUCCAGGAUCACGCACUGGCAGGUCGUGGCGGUCGGCAAGAAAGGUUCCGAGAGGAGCUACUCGGUAGACGUGACUCGAAAUGCGAUGCGGGCCAGCCUGCCUCUGCCGCCCGGCGACAUCUAUAACCUGACGGUGACGGCGUGCACCGAGCGCGGCCGCAACACGUCCGUUCCCGGCAUCAUCAAACUGGAUCCGGCCCCUCCCAGGUCCGUGCACGCCGUCAACGCCACGCACUCGUCGGUGACUCUGCUGUGGAGCGAGGAUGGCGUGGCGGAUCACUAUCAGGUGCUCUGCAGAGCCAGCCCGGGCGGAAAAGAGGUGAAGACCGGAGAGCCUCGGGUGUCCGGCUCGCACGCGCUGACCGUUUCCGGCCUGAUGCCGUCGUCUAGCUACAACUGCAGCGUGGUCAGCGUCAGCUACAGCACGCCCAGCAAGCCCGCCCACGUCACCUUCACCACCGCCGCCAAAGAGAUGAACCCCAGCGUGGCGGCCAUCUCGGCCUUGGCCAUCCUGAGCGUCCUGCUGCUCGGCCUGCUGCUUCUCUUCUUGCUGCUUCUCCGCAAGAAGCACCUGCAGAUGAGCAGGGAGUGCGGCGCCGAGACCUUUGUCAACUUUGCUUCGUUCGAAAGGGACGGGAAGCUGCCUUACAACUGGCGAAGAAGCCUCUUUGCCUUCCUUACCCUUCUGCCAUCCUGCCUUUGGACUGACUAUCUUUUGGCUUUUUAUAUUAAUCCAUGGGGCAAGACGGCCUUAAAGAAGCGCAAGCUGACCAGUCCCGUGCAACUGGACGACUUUGAGGCCUACUUCAAAGAGCUGAGCAAAGACUCGGCCUACAAGUUCUCUCUGCAGUUUGAGGAGCUGAAGAGCGUAGGCCUGGACCUUUCCCACGACGCUGCCGACCUGCCCGUCAACAGGCCCAAGAACCGAUACACCAACAUCCUACCCUACGACUUCAGCCGGGUGCGGCUCUUUUCCUUGCACGAUGACGAAGGCGCCGAUUACAUCAAUGCCAACUACAUUCCGGGCUACAAACACGGCAAAGAGUACAUCGCCACGCAAGGCCCUCUGCCGGAGACGCGCAACGACUUUUGGAAGAUGGUCCUGCAGCAGAAGUCGCCCAUCGUCGUCAUGCUGACACAGUGCAACGAGCGGCGACGGGUCAAGUGCGACCACUACUGGCCCUUCAGCGACGAGCCCGUCACGUACGGCGAGAUCAGCGUGGAGAUGCUCUCGGAAAACGAGUCGCCCGAGUGGACAGUCAGGAAGUUCCGGCUGGGAUACGCGGACGAGACUCGGGACAUCCUGCACCUGAACUACACCUCGUGGCCGGACCACGGCGUUCCCACGGUCAACGCCAUCGAGAGCAUCCUGCAGUUUGUCCGCAUCGUGCGGCAGCAGGCCAACAAGACCAAGGAGCCCAUCGUAGUCCACUGCAGCGCUGGCGUGGGCAGAACAGGCACCUUCAUGGCCCUGGACCGCCUGAUGCAGCACAUCCGGGAGCACGAUUUUGCCGACAUCAUGGGAAUGGUGGCGGAGAUGCGCUCCCACCGCCUUUCCAUGGUCCAGACGGAGGAGCAGUACGUGUUCAUCCACCAGUGCGUCUUGCUCAUGUGGCAGAAGAAGAAGCAGCAGCCGCCGCCGCUCGCCUCCGACGUCAUCUACGAGAACGCCGGCAAGACAUAACGGCCGAGCUUGCGCCAUGCCACCGCAUCAUCCCCAGUCACGAAAAGCUUGGUCAGGAAGCCAGACAAAAAAGGAAGCCCCGCUGAGUCCAUGAGGCAAACAAACAAAGAGCGUGGGGAAAAAAAAAAAAGAGCAAUUUCAGGCUCAAAGGGAACAGCCAACUUUUUUUGCCUUUGCGUGAUCUUGGACGCACCCUGACUUCUUUUUCUUUGCUUUUUUUUUUUUUUUUUUUGGAUGAUUGGCCUUCUCAUUUCCUUCCCUCCAAAAGCAGAGCAAGCAGCCCGCCUUAGCAGCGGUCAUCCAAACAGCCAACGGCUGUCAAUGAUCAUCUUUCUCUGCUGAGACAGCGAGGAUUCAUUUCAAGUUCCCCAGCACUUGCUUGGAGUUGUGUGUAAAUAUUGCCUAACUGCUGUUUCUACUCAUCAUUACUGUACAAGAGACCCCCCCCUUCUGUGUUGUUUGUGAACCAAGGGCGGGCAGGUAAUGGCCGCAGGCCAACACUUUCACCCGGCAAGAGUCCCGGAAUAUUUCUCGCAUUCCCCUUUGAACUUUUUUUACACUUUAACAUUUUGUUUACCUUGUGAAACUAGUUCUUCAUAAAAAA